CGGUGAUUCAUUCCCUCCUUUGCCCGGGGGCCCCCUUCCCGGCCAGACGGCGGGACAAACGGCUGGGCGUGCAGCGACUUCGAACUCGUGAGCCAGAAAACAGCUUCUGUGUCCCAGCGACUCCAGCACACACCAUGGCGGACUCUGAGCGCCUCUCAGCCCCUGGCUGCUGGUUAGCCUGCACCAGCUUCUCGCGUACCAAAAAGGGACUUUUCCUGUUUGCCGAGAUUGUACUGUGCCUGGUGAUUUUGAUUUGCUUCAGCGCUUCUACAUCCGCAUACUCCUCCCUGUCGGUGGUGGAGAUGAUCUUUGCUGCUGUCUUAUUUGUCUUCUACAUGUGUGACCUGCACUCCAAGAUAUCAUUCAUCAACUGGCCAUGGACUGACUUUUUCCGAUCCCUUGUCGCAGCUAUCCUCUACCUGAUCACCUCCAUUGUUGUCCUUGUAGAUGGAAAGGGAGGCUCGAGAAUCGCCGCUGGGGUGCUGGGCAUAUUUGCUACAUUGCUCUUUGGCUGUGAUGCCUACUUCACCUUCCCUCUCAAGCAGCAAAGACAUACAGCAGCCCCUACUGACCCCACAGAUGGCCCGUGACCCUCAUCUAUCUGUCUCUGCUACCUGCAAAUAGCUCCUCCACCGAAAACUUCCUCUUGCUGGGUCCGGUGGCGCAUGCCUUUAAUCCAAGCACUCAGGAGGCAGAGAUGCAUGGAUCUCUGUGAGAUUGAGGUCAGCCAGGGCUACGCAGUGAGACCUUGUUUCAAAAAAAAAAAAUACCUCCUCCUGUUUCCACAACACUCCCAGCCAAUCCUCUGACCCCACUGAAGUGCUUAUGGUACAGGAGAUUGAACCUAGAGCCAACUGCAUACUAGGCAAGCAUUCUCCGCUGAGCUAUAUCCCCUGGAAAAGUGCCUUUGUUGGGAGAGUGUUGUCUUCCAGCCUGCCAAUCAACCUUCUUGGGUGUGGUCACCUUUUUGGGUAUGCCUAGGUCCCCCUUUGCUCUGCAGUACCAGCAGCUGAACCAUUCCCCCACAUAAGCCACAAAAUGAGUGACCCACUACAAAUAACCUUUUCUCUGUGUGGGGUGAGCUGUGAAGGGCUAAAUAAAUAAUAAAAGAUUGUUAAAAUCUAUAAUGAAUAA